AUGUUCAUGCAGCCAGCAGCCAGUCAAGGACAAAGGGACACUCGAACGCGACUGGAUCCAGGCUCAACUAAAGGCAGGCGGUGGAUUAUGGGCCUGAUUCUGGGGUACACAAUUAUGUCUCUCAUGGUAGUGAAGGUCGCCUCCGCAGCUACACUUUAUCAGCAGCACCAACCGCAGCAUCUACAGCAGCAAUCGCCCAACGACAUUGAGUCCUCAGCAGACGAACCAUCCACGACGGAGCCCGAGCCCUCAGACGGUGACAGCGACAUCGAGAAGAUGCGGGCCAAGUUGCAGCAACUGCAGCACGAACAGCAGCAACAAUAUCUGCGCCAGCAACAACAGCAGUUGCAACUGCAUCUCCAGCAGAUGCAGGCGUCGCAGGGAGCUGCUGGGGAAACCGCCUACUUAUUGGAGCGUGCCGAUAGCAAUGUUGCACCUAUCUACGGGACGUGGCGCACGAAAGCGCAACGGCAGCAACACGCAACAUCGUCACACGAACCGGACGACGCCCAUGUGUAUGAACGUCUGCCAAAGAGAUCGUCGACCAUGACGCCUCUAAGGGGGUUGCUGCGUGAUCAGAUGCCACGCCCACCGCGUCUUACCACCCAGGACAUGCAGUUGUCCUUGGGCUCACCUUCGCCGCCGCCGGCACCCACAAAAGGUUUACUUAGACGUCAGUACUCGGAAACACCGGGAAGCCGAGCUCUGCGAGCUCAAGAAGAGUUCAACCCGAAACCCUUUCACUUUCCCUACGAUGGCCCGAAUCCUGAGCAGUUCACAAAGGGUGAGAGUCGUCCUGCUGAACAGUUGAACAACAUCCAGGACAUUCUGCAGCACCUGCACAUCGGAGGACUGGCACCCAGUAAAUUGCCACCCAUGGUGAUGAUGCCAACGGGCUUGCAUAUAGCUGGCAGCUUCAAGAAUUUCAAGUCUAGUGGGAUAGGAAAUUUCUUUCGGGGAAAACGCAACAAGAAGCAGAUGCAGUUCAGCAUUCCGAUGCCCAUGUUUCCAAUGGCUAUGCCCAUGCCUAUGCAGUGGUACAAUCCCGGAGUAAUGCCCCACCAAAGGGUGUCCAUUGAUCAGCUAUAUCCUUACAAGCCUCGAUCGCCGCAGGAUGUCAACCUGUUGGCCAUGCAGCCACUAGGGAAUGGCAAACCUUUGUCUAAAAAGAAGAAGAAGAAGCAACAGCAACAACAACAGCAGCAACAGCAACAGUUACUGGAGCAUGGCAGCCAGCAGCACUUUGUGGCAGAUCCCUUCGGGCAGCACUUUCAACCACCUGUGCUCACCCUGAAUGCCACCAGGCAGCCGCUUCUUAAAAGAGUUCCAUUUAAGCUCAAUUUAGAUAUAUAUCCGGUGCUGCCUCCCUCACGACCUGCCUCUGUCAUGCGGCAUCCAUUCCAGCAGGAUUACGCUUUACCCUCGCCUGCUGCCUUAACGGGAACCACAGCUGCCGCUUUCCAGAUGGGUCAUGGCAUCUACCAGACGCCCUUUAAGUUUCCCACCCAACAGCCUGUUGUUUUCCCCGAUCAGGCUACCAGAUAUAGUCAGCAACAGGCGUUGUACCACGCCCAGUCCCACAAGUAUCCGCCUCCGAAGAGCGUGCAUGCUGAUGAACCUAUUUAUGGACAGAGUCCUGGACAGGGUCAGAGCCAAGGGCAGCAGGGUCAGGUGGAAAGCCACACUAGCCCCAUCAUGUUGCACUUGAAUGUUUUUCCCAAGCAGAAACCUACAGCAACAAUACGCGCCUCAACCAAUCCAUUCUACAAUCACAACAUGCAACGUAACGCGAUUAAUUCAAACGAUUUGCCGCCACCCAAUCCACCCAAUCCCAUAGAACCGAGACAGGCGGUUAAUGGCAACACCACUCACCAGCAACAGCAACAACAGCAGCAAAAGCAGCAACAACAACAGCAGCAGCACCAACAGCAGCAGCAGCAACUCCAACAGCAGCAACAACAUCAUCUAUCGCUCAAUCAAACACAGCAGCAACAUCAACCGACUCGGCAGCAGCAUCUUUCAUCUCAGCCGGGAAAUCGCUCAAGUACCAUUUCCCGCAGUGAUAACUUGCCGCUGCUUGAUUUUGAGCAUCCCAUUGUAGCAGCUGAUCAUCCAGAUCCUGUAUCCUUGGCCAGCAUUCGUCAGGAUCAUCGAUAUAGAAAAACCCCAGUGGAUGAGCACUAUCGCUACCCGAAAAGCGCCAACAUCGAGCAGUUGGCAGCCGAGGCACAGACCGCCUCGCUUUUCCGCUUUCCCGUCGAGGAUCUGAUACAGUUUCAGGUGGAUGAUGCUCUCUAACCACUAACUACGCUAGAUGUACUUAGAGUAAGUUAGG